AUGUUAUUUACAGCAGACACUCUAGACCAUGGGUGUCAAACGUUGGCCCGCCAUGUAAUUUAUGAGGGUGGCCGUAUAAACAACUUUAAAACUGUUACAAAUAUGCGCCACACUGUGAACCCACACCAAACAAGAAUGACAAACACAUUUCGGGAGAACAUCCACACUGUAACACAACAUCAACACAACAGAAGAAAUACCCAGAACCCCUUGCAGCACUAACUCUUCCGGCACGCUACAAUAUACACCGCCGCUACCAACAAAACUAUAAAGUUAUAUAAGCCUUGCUUGUUCAAUAUUCAAUGCUAAACUUGUUUGGGUCUCUUAUUAAAAGGUUACUUUGUUCAACUUUGGCCCGCGGCUUUGUUCACUUUAGAAUUUUGUCCCACUCUGUGUUUGAGGUAGACAUCCCUGAUCUGGACUGUAAGUGUGCAUGGAGGUUAUAAAUGUGUUUCUUCACCAUAGGGCCGGGGGUCCAGUGUUGGGCCCCUGAAGUGCGUACACCAACUAAUAUCUGUCCCCCAGCUGCAGUGCUCACUUGCACUAACUACAAUCCAUGGAGAGAAUCAAAAACUGCUGCGGGACUCUGAUGAAAAGUCUGGACAAGGAUCAAGAACCUCCAGGCAUCGCCUUCCAGAUCCCCGUCACCCAAGACUACCUGCGGUCCAAACUGCCCCAUGACGGCAGGGAGGUGCCUUUUGUCCUGCCCACCCUGCACGCCUCCUACGUGCAGCCGGCCGCCAACCUCCGCCACGCCACCGUGCCGGGUCCUGUCCGCUGCAAGUACGCUCAGAAGAAGACGGCGCUGCAGCACGACGCCGGGCCCUUUGGGUACAGCUCCGAGUCCGAGCUGCUGGUGGGUGGCGGCCGUGAGGGAGACAUCGGGAGGAGGAAACGCUCCCCAGAUGUUCCUCAGGAGCUGAGCACGUCCAUGUUUGAGCUGAGCAGCCUGGACAGUCCUCACACGCAGAGCUGGGAGUCCAUGUCCAGCGUGGUCAGCACGCCGUCCUCCGCCAUGGACACCUUUCGGAGCAGCACAGAGUGUGUGCCUCGGACGGACGGCGACAUGGGCAGGCUGUGUGUGCGACUGAGCUACCAGGAGGAGACGGAGCAGGUGUGGAUCACCUUGGUGCAGUGUUCACAACUCAAACUUCCAAAAGACAGAACACCAAGGCCAAAGAUCCGGAUCAGAGGAAUCAUCAGCCUUCCCCAAGCUGUGCACUUCAAGAGCUCCGUCAAAGAGUACAGUCAGCACGCAACCUUCAUGGAGACCUUCGUGUUCGCGCUGAGCCUCCAGACGCUGCGAAGUAGUGCUCUGGUCCUGCGGCUGCAGACGUGCUUCCUCCAAAAACGUACGCUGGCCGAGGGCGCCAUCUCGCUGCGGCACCUCGGGCCCCGGGAGACCCAACACUGGCUGCACCUGAGAGCGCCGCGCAAGUCCUCUGUGAGCGGCUGCGAGCUGCACGUUGUCACCUGCUUCCAGCCCGCCUGCAGACGCAUGCAAGUCCAAGUCCUCGCCGCCCAGAACCUGCCGCCAUGUUCGGCACUCCUCCGCCCAGCUUUCCUGGUGACGGCCGAGCUUCACCAGGUGGAUGGUCAGGUGACCAGGAAGAAGACGCGAGCCCUGCGGGGCGCCGAGGGGCGGUGCCAGUGGGCGGAGACUCUUCACUUCCCCAUGGCGGCGCUGGACCCCGCCUGCUCGCUGGCCAUCCAACUCUACUGCAGAUCCCUCAACAGAAAGACUUGUUUGGGACAGGUCCUGCUGGGACUGCACAGUUCUGACAGUUCCAGUCCACAAGCUGUGGAGCAGUGGAAGGACACCAUGGAGCAUCCUGAGAAGGUGGUGUCGGCCUGGCACCACGUCACCUAACAUCUCAGUCACCUACUGCACCAUGUCUGCUCACAUCUCAGCCACCUACUGCACCAUGUCAGCUCACAUCUCAGCCACCUACUGCACCAUGUCACCUAACAUCUCAGCCACCUACUGCACCAUGUCAGCUCACAUCUCAACCAC